AGCAUGCACGUGAUUCGCGGUGCGUUGGAGGACAGUUGUAUAAAAUGGGGCCCACUAGAGCACAUGAGGACUAAUGCUCCCAUAUGAGUUUGUUUAAACCGAGAAAUGUGGUUAGAUGUUGCAGGAAGGCGCGACAAGUUGUUUAUAGCGUGAAAGCUUGAAGGGCGAGUGAGACGGACGGUGUCUUCCAGAGAAAACUUCCACACGGACUUGGCUUACUCAGUCCCCUAAAAUGGAGACAGUCAGCGACAAUGUGCUCGACUACUCCCACUUGAACCUCAACACUUUCAGCGCGGAAUGUGUCAGCGACGAGAAGAAGAGGAACACCGCCCAGCUUUACCUACACUACAACCGGCUGAGCUCGCUGCCCUCGUCGGUCACCUCCUUCUCCAACCUCCAGCUGCUGGACGUCAGCAACAACGGACUGUCGACCCUGAGCGAGGAUAUCACGCGGCUCCCCAAGCUUAAGACGCUCAUAGCCAAGAACAACCACCUGGACGAGCUCUCUCUGCCCAAAGGCUUCGGCUCCAUGCAGCUGGAAGUGGUGAACUUCAGCGGUAAUCGCUUCGAGGAGAUCCCGCUCCAGUGCACCAAACUACGGCGGCUGCAGUCGCUGUCACUCGGCGGGAAUAGACUGAAAAGUAUCCCUGCUGAGAUCGAAAAUCUUACGAGUUUGGAGAUUUUGUAUCUGGGUGGAAACUUCAUCACCAACAUUCCUCCAGAAGUUGCCAAUCUGCCUUACCUGAGCUACUUGGUGUUGUGUGACAACCGCAUCCAGAGUGUCCCACCACAGCUCACCAGGCUCCACUCGCUGCGCUCCCUCAGCCUCCACAACAACCUGCUCACUUACCUGCCCAGGGAGAUCCUCAGCCUGGUGCACUUGCAGGAGCUCAGUCUCCGCGGCAACCCGCUGGUGGUGCGCUUCGUCAAGGAGAUGACCUACGACCCCCCCUCGCUGCUGGAACUGGCGGGGCGCACCAUCAAGAGCAGGAAUAUGUCGUACUCGCCACGAGACCUUCCUUCCAACCUGCUGCACUACUUGGAACUGGCCAGCAAGUGUCCCAACCCCAAAUGUGCCGGCGUGUACUUCGACUCGUGCGUACGCCACAUAAAAUUUGUGGACUUCUGCGGCAAGUACCGGCUGCCCCUCAUGCACUACCUGUGCUCCCCGGAGUGCACCACGUCGCCGUGCAGCUCCAACCCUCAGAGCGACGCCGAGUCGGAGGAGGAGAACAGCGUGCCCGCCGACCGCCUGCAGAGGGUGCUGCUGGGCUAGGGGUGAUAAGUGAACUCCUUUUUUUUUUUUUUUUUGUUAAAGAAUCACUCUCCAAGUCACCAAACAGACUCGUUUCGCAAUGAGGUUCAAUACUGGACUCGACCUGCAGGAUGUGGAUGUGAGGACACAUGUUUAUGUUCAGGGAUACACUCUAUUUUACUUAACUUCCUAAAACACCAUUUUUAUUUUUUCAAGAUGACCUUCCCUGAAAAAAAUGUUUUUGUUGUACUAUCUUAGACAAGUUUUAGACGUGAGAAUGUUAAAUGUUACAGUGGCAACUAAAGGAGAAUAACAUCCUAAUAAUGUCUUUCAAUGCAUCCUGAAAUGUGAUGAAGAUUUGCAAUUGUUUUGUUAUUAUCGGAAAGGUAUAUCAUGUGUUUUAAUAAGUACUUUAAUACAGGGUUCCCCAACCUUUUUUCCACUAGGGACCAAUUUAAUGUUUAAUAGAUUAUUUUUACGGACCAGCUUUCUACGUGUGGCAGAUAAAAAUGGCAAAAAUUUAGCCCAUGGCUACAAUCUGACAUAUUUACAUUUUAUAUGUCCAUUAAUGUGUAUUGUCACAUGUACUAUAACAAAGGAGAUGUAAUAUACAUCUAUUAACAAGCUUAUUGGUGUGUUUAGCGGGACAGGUGGAACUUAAGUCGGAGAAAAUGCGGUAGUUUAUAAAUUAAUUAUUGUUUCUGUGAGGCCCAGUAGCAAAUGCGUCACGGACUGGAACCGGUCCCCGGAACGGUGGUUGGGGACCACUGCUUUAAUACACAUUUGAAUUAGCUUGCACUUAAACUGAAAAUGUAUUACUUUCAUUUGUAUGUGAUCACACAUAAUAAAGAUUUAUAUAAUUUAUAUAUACUA